UGAGAUUAUAUGACCUGUAUUUCCUAUUUCUUCUGAUGCUUUACAAAGUGCUGGUAGCGAAUGUUACAGUGAUUCUAGACGUCUAAAAUAUCAUCUCCUGACCAAUACGUUGCAUUCUUGAAUUACACCCCUCCCCAAAGCGCCAAAAGUUGAAGACGUAGAUUUAUAGAAAUGUCUACAGCAAAAGAACCCCUUGACAAGACUACGGCCAGCGACAACAAACAGCCACCAUCUAAGACCGAAGAACAAGACACGAACGCAACUUCCGACAACACAGCAGCGUCGAAAUCAGCAAAUGAAUCAACAGAUGUCACAGUCUCUACUCUCAUAUCCAUCACAAACUCCUUCCUCUCCGCUCUCAGUAACAAAUCCAGACCCGAGUUCGAAAAGCACUGCCUCAAAGCGGCUGGGAUGGCGCUGUGCGCGCCUCAACCGGCUCCUGUCCGCUUCUGCAGUAUUGAUACCUUCAUUGAUCGCGUCACAGCCAUGCGUGAUGAGAUCCACGAAAGAGGAUGGAACCACGAAGUCAAGCUGUACGAGGAGGGGAAUAUGGCAACGGUGUGGGUGCCGUUUCGGGCGAAAAUCAACGGCGUCGUCGACCAUGUGGGGGUGAAUCUGUUCAUUUUGCACAAGUUGAACGGGGUGUGGAAGAUUACGGGAGUGGCUGAUUCUUCGAGGAAGCCGACAGAUGAGGAGAGACAGAUGGAGUGAGAGAUGUUGCGAUGGUUAAGUGGUUGUUGGAUACGAGAAUGUGUUAGACCAGGAAACUAUUGCAUGGAUAGUAGA